UUCUUUGUUAAUUAUUUCUUUAAUGCAUUACAAAAUCAGACUGUUCGAUCAUCAAUUUUUCUUAUUGACUUCCACACAACUUAAGUGUUUGUGAAAAGUCCUGACUGAAUUAGCUUCUGGGUAUUACUUAGAAUUAUCAUAAAAAGACUUUAGUUAUGGAUUGUUGACAGUAGCGGAUUCAGAAUUUUUUGUUAAGGUGCGCAAAAUUGAUAAAAUAUAAAUUUUAAGGUUUAGUUAUUGACACCCUUUUGAUUUUUGGGUGAUUUGGGCAACAGUGGCGAUUAUUGUAGCAUUUGAAUUGGCAAAUUGUGAUCAUGUGUUAGUCUAGCAGCAGAUAAAUGAAGUACCAAGAUCUUAUUUUUAGUUCUGUGUUAGCUAGCCCAACGGCAACCCCAGUAUGGGCAAUUUUGGUGACAAUGUUUUUUGUGAUUCUAUCACUUUCUUUGUCAUUUUACCUUGUCUUGGAGCAUCUUUCGGCGUACAAGAAUCCCGAGGAGCAAAAGUUUUUAAUUGGUGUUAUACUAAUGGUUCCGUGUUAUGCCAUUGAGUCCUUUGCAUCGCUGGCGAAUCCAUCAGUUAGUGUAUAUGUUGAGAUACUAAGGGACUGCUAUGAAUCAUUUGCCAUGUAUUGCUUUGGAAGAUACCUUGUUGCUUGCUUGGGCGGGGAAGGAAGGGCAAUUGAAUUUAUGGAAAGAAAAGGACGUGUGAGUUAUAAGACUCCGCUUCUGGAACAUGGUGAUGAUGAUCACGGGCUUGUAAAGCAUCCUUUUCCAAUGAAGUACUUCUGCAAAUCUUGGAGGCUUGGCAAGUGGUUUUAUCAAGUUGUCAAGUUUGGCAUUGUUCAAUAUAUGAUAAUCAAGUCUGUAACUGCAAUAUUAGCAGUAGUUUUUGAAGCCCUUAGUAUCUAUUGUGAAGGGGAAUUUAAAGUGAGAUGUGGGUAUACUUAUAUUGCAGUGGUUCUGAAUUUCAGCCAAUCUUGGGCUUUGUACUGUUUGGUUCAAUUUUAUACUGCUACACAUGAUGAAUUGGCACACAUAAAACCGUUGUACAAGUUCCUGACAUUUAAGUCAAUUGUGUUUUUGACUUGGUGGCAAGGAGUGGCAAUUGCUCUAUUCUACUCCCUUGGUAUAUUCAAAAGUGCUCUGGCAGAAGGCUUGCCUAAAUCAACUGUCCAGGACUUCAUCAUCUGUAUAGAGAUGGGCAUUGCUUCUGUCGUUCAUCUAUAUGUGUUCCCCGCAAAAACUUAUGAGCUGAUGGGUGACCGUGUUUCUGGAAGUGUUUCUGUUCUUGGAGAUUAUGCAUCUGUUGAUUGUCCUCUAGAUCCAGAUGAGGUUAGAGACAGUGAAAGACCCACAAAGUUACGUCUCCCUCAUCCCGACAUUGAUGUCAAGAGUGGAAUGACCAUCAAGGAAAGUGUUCGAGAUGUUGUUGUUGGAGGCGGCGGAUAUAUUAUGAAAGAUGUGAAGUUCACUGUAAACCAAGCAGUGGUACCUAUGGAAAAGGGUAUCACAAAGUUUAAUGAGAAAUUGCAUAGGAUUUCUCAAAACAUAAAGAAACAUGACAAAGAUAGGAGAAGAACAAAGGACGACAGUUACAUUGCCACUUCUUCACCCACACGGAGGGUAAUUCGUGGAAUAGAUGAUCCCCUCUUAAAUGGUAGUAUUAGUGACAGUGGGGUGGUUAGGGGAAAGAAGAGUCGACGGAAAUCAGGUUAUACCAGUGGAGAGAGUGGGGGAGAAAGCAGCAGUGACCAAAGCUACAGCGGGAUUCAGAUUAGAGGCUGCAGAUGGGUCACAAAAGAUUAGACAUUUAUCAGAUUGAUUGGAGAAAAACUGAAUUCGCAAGGGCGGUAAGUGGGUGGCUGCUGGUUGCAUGUGCAUAAAUAUUUUACUGCUUCACAAGGAGACUGAAAUUUUUGGUUCAGAAUUUUCUUGUGAAAGAGUUUGUGAUCAAGUGCUGUAUAGAGUUACCACAAAGCUUGCAGAUUGAGAUGUUUCACUCCUUUCAUACAUGUUCAUAACCAAAUUGUUGUAUGCUAUGCCAUAGCUGUUGAAUUGUAAUAUUGCUUCAUGGGAAAUUUUUGUUCAUAGACAUAGUAUUGCCUCUUUUAUGGCUAGUAGUGAUAUAUUGAUUUACAAGUA